ACAGGGGGGAGAAGCGAGGGCAGGCUGGCUCUUCGACCUACCCCGGAAAAGUUCAAUCUGCGUCCAACUUGGCACAACACGGCACAGCACGGCACGUCUAAACUGACAAUGGAAACACAAAUGCCAAGAGUGACAUUAGAGAGAGGGCACUGGUCCACUUCCUUAAUGUGAGUCUAUGGAAGAAAUAAAAAGAGACGGCGACCAGCUCAUUGUGUAACUACAGCAUGAAGCAGCUUCCUGUUUCCUGCUUUCAGUCCGUCUCAUGAUCUUUGUGACCGAGUGAGGACUGUAAAACUUUUGGGCAGCUCCAACAUCAGUACAGUGAGUUCAAAUGUGUAGACGUCUCUCCGUCCACCGGGACUCUGGGACCGAGGGGAAGGAGCUGACAGCACAAACACGAGUUUUUACGGUGCCCACACACUUUCUCAAACUCUGAUGGAAGCAAGAAACACAACACUCACUGCCCAGCAUGGAAGUGUCGUCAGCGCACCACACUUACACAAUAUCCAUUCAGAAGGGGAUAUUACGAUCAGCACAAUCGUCCAGCUACACGACAGGAAAGACACCAGUGAUGUUGUUUCUCCCAAAACCAAAGGAAACAUCCAAAGGUGCAAAGAUGAUCUAAAAUCUUUCCUUGAAAAUACAACAAAGAAUCUGUCUCAGGGAAAAGAGGAAGAUGGAUCAACUCCUUUAAACAAAAUCUACACAGAGCUUUACAUCACAAAGGGAGGCAGUGGGGAGGUUAACAGUGAACAUGAAGUGGUUGAAUUAGAAUGUAAAAGGAGUUCGAGUGAGGAGAAGAAAAUCCUGCUCAAUGACAUUUUUAAACCUUUAUCAAACGAAGAAGACCCUCCACAGAGAAUUCUGACGAAGGGAAUCGCUGGCAUUGGAAAAACUGUGGCUGUGCAGAAAUUCACUCAUGACUGGGCAACAGGAAAAGCCAACCAAACUAUUGACUUCAUAUUUCCAAUCCCAUUCAGAGAAUUGAAUCUAAUAACACAUAAGCGUUGGAGUCUUAUGACGUUGAUAGGUAACUAUUUUGAAGAAGUGAAGGAUUUGGAAACGUCAGUCUACAACAGUUCAAGAGUUUUGUUCAUAUUCGACGGCCUGGACGAAAGCAAGUUACCUCUGGACUUUGACAAGAAUAAGGUGUGGCGCGAUGUUACAAAGAUCACAACACUAGACGUCCUGCUAACCAACUUAAUCACAGGGAAACUGCUGCACAAGGCCUCAGUCUGGAUCACAAGUAGACCAGCUGCAGCCACUAAGAUUCCUACCAAGUUCAUCAACAGGGUGACGGAGGUACGAGGCUUUGAUGAUGAGCAGAAGGAGGAGUACUUUCAGAGGACAGUUAGUGACAAGACUAUGGCUCAGAAGAUCCUCGAUCAUCUUCAGUCAAAGCCGCUGAGAAGUCUGUACAUCAUGUGCCACAUCCCAGUCUUCUGUAGGAUUUCAGCCACAACUCUCCAGAAACUCCUCACAGAAACAAAACAAAGUGAGCUGCCCAAGACUGUGACUGAAAUGUACACACACUUCCUGAUCACCCAGACAAAGCUGAAGGUUUAUCAGGAAGGUGAAACAAACAGAGAUGUGAUCAUGAAAUUAGGAAAGCUGGCAUUUGAACAGCUACAGAAGGACAACAUCAACUUCUGUGACAAGGACUUGAAGAGUUGUGACAUUGAUCAGGAACAAGCUGCAGUUUAUUCAGGUCUUUGCACACAGAUCAUAAGAAAAGAAUGUGGUCUUCACAAACAAGAGAUUUACUCCUUCAUACAUUUAACUGUUCAUGAGUUUCUGGCAGCGCUGUAUGUAUUAGAGACCUUCUUGAACAGCAGAGAAAAUCUGCUUCCUGGAUGGCCAAGUGUGACAGAGAUGUUGAAGAUAGGAGAACUUCCCAUCAUCCUCCUCCACAAGAGGGCAGUGGAUUUAGCUUUGGCCAACGAUCAUGGAAAAUGGGACUUGUUCCUGCGCUUCCUGCUCGGUCUGUCACAGGAUAAAAAUCAGGAGCUUCUUCAGAAAGAAUUUGGAUUCAAAGAGAGACGUCCACAGAGCAACCAGGAGACGAUCACCUACAUUCACAAGAAGAUCAAGAAACUUUCCAACGUCAACAAGAGCAUCAAUCUGUUCCACUGUUUAAAUGAGUUGGGUGACCGGUCUCUGGUAGAGCAAGUCCAAAAGUACCAGAACUCAGGAGAUGUUGGUAACUUGUUACCUGAACAUUGGUCAGCUCUGGCCUUUCACCUGCUCGCUUCUGGUGAAGACCUGGAUGUCUUUGACCUGAAGAAAUACUACGGAUCAGAUGAAGCUCUGGGGAGGCUGCUGCCAGUGCUCAAAGCAUCAAAGACAGCUUUGUUAAGUGGCUGUAACCUCACUGACAGAUGUUGCAAGAGCAUUUCAUCAGCUCUCAGCCUGAAGUCUUCUAGUCUGGAGGAGUUAGACCUGAGCAGCAACGAACUGCAGGACUCUGGAGUGACGCUGCUCUCUGACGGUCUAAAGAGUCCCAACUGCAAACUCCAGAGACUCAGACUGGCUGGCUGUCAGUUUACAGAGAGAGGCUGUGCUGCACUGGGUUCCAGUCUGAAGUCAAACCCCGCCCACCUGAGAGUCCUGGAUCUGACAGGAAAUGACCUCAGAGACGGUGAUGUCACAAAGCUUUGUGAGUUCUUGGCAGAGCCACGUUGUGGACUGGAGACACUGAGUCUGAACUCCUGCAGGUUAUCAGCAGAACACUGUCGGUCUUUGACCUCUGCCCUCAGCAGCUCCUCUGAUCUCAAAGAGCUCGACCUGAGCUACAACUACCUGAUGGACCAGGGGGCGGAGCUGCUUUCUGAUUGGCUGAGGAAACCCCAGUGUAGACUGAAGACACUGAGACUGGCUCGCUGUCAGUUUACAGAGAGAGGCUGUGCUGCACUGGGUUCCAGUCUGAAGUCAAACCCCGCCCACCUGAGAGUCCUGGAUCUGACAGGAAAUGACCUCAGAGACGGUGGUGUCACAGAGCUUUGUGAGUUCUUGGCAGAGCCACGUUGUGGACUGGAGACACUGAGACUGGCUGGCUGUCAGUUUACAGAGAGAGGCUGUGCUGCACUGGGUUCCAGUCUGAAGUCAAACCCCGCCCACCUGAGAGUCCUGGAUCUGACAGGAAAUGACCUCAGAGACGGUGGUGUCACAAAGCUUUGUGAGUUCUUGGCAGAGCCACGUUGUGGACUGGAGACACUGAGUCUGAACUCCUGCAGGUUAUCAGCAGAAUGCUGUUGGUCUUUGACCUCUGCCCUCAGCAGCUCCUCUGAUCUCAAAGAGCUCGACCUGAGCUACAACCACCUGAUGGACCAGGGGGCGGAGCUGCUUUCUGAUUGGCUGAGGAAACCCCAGUGUAGACUGAAGACACUGAGACUGGCUCGCUGUCAGUUUACAGAGAGAGGCUGUGCUGCACUGGGUUCCAGUCUGAAGUCAAACCCCGCCCACCUGAGAGUCCUGGAUCUGACAGGAAAUGACCUCAGAGACGGUGGUGUCACAAAGCUUUGUGAGUUCUUGGCAGAGCCACGUUGUGGACUGGAGACACUGAGUCUGAGCUGCUGCAGGUUAUCAGCAGAACGCUGUCGGCCUUUGACCUCUGCCUUCAGCAGCUCCUCUGAUCUCAAAGAGCUCGACCUGAGGGGCAACCACCUGAUGGACCAGGGGGCGGAGCUGCUUUCUGAUUGGCUGAGGAAACCCCAGUGUAGACUGAAGACACUGAGGUUGUCACAUUGCACAGAGAGCAGCUGUGAGUAUCUGGCCUCGGCUCUGAAGUCGAACCCUUCACACCUCAGAGUUCUCGAGCUGGGCUGGAGUCAUCCAGGAGAAAGAGGUCUGAAGCUGCUGACUGAUUUACAGAAGAACAAAUCUAACAGACUAGAGACACUGUCAGUGUGAUGAAGUGAACCGGACCAGAUAAAAGACACUGGAUCAUUUUCUUCCUUCGGUCCAGACCAAAUGAGCUGAGCUACAGGUGUGAAAGUCACCUUACAUGCAUCCUGAUUCUCCUCUCUCAGGAAUCAAUACUGAAAACUUUUCAAUCAGAAGUCAGAGGGUAUCAGAGACCAGCUGCCAGCUGAGAAGACGAUUGUGGCCGGACAGAUGAACAAUGAGGAGCUGCAGAUUCAGCUGAUCAUUCUCUGCAGGUUCAUCACUUCCAGAGACACACAACACGUCGUCACAUUUCAGGAGCCUUUUCCUAAUUUUCUAUUCACUUGGCACUUAAUAAUAAUGUUGUGUAUAUGUUUGUAUGAGUAUGUGCCGUCUCACAGGUCUGACCUAUAAAUAGGAGGAGUACCAGGAGAGCAGGAGCAGACAGCUUUUGACCAUGCUGUUGCUGGCUCCUCUCCCCUUAUGAUUUAUUGAUUAAGUUGAUUUAUGUCUGCUAUUUUUAUUGAACUAAGGCUCCCAAAGAAAAUGUAUGUAACCACUUCAUGGCUGGAAUAAAACUACGGUUUUUGGAGACUUUUUGAAGAGUCAAUUUCCUCCAGUCAUCACCCACAGGUCUAAAAGUAGGAGAAAUAGGUCUCCGCACCAUCGUUUUCACUGUUAUUUAAAACAUUGUUAUUAUUAAAAAUAACUAACGUAGUAACUUUGAUUUA